AUGGAACAAAUAUUGAAAGAUAAACAAGAGUUAAGAAAUGAUAUGAGAAGAAGUCGAAGGAGAGAAAUGAUGGAACAAAAAAGAAAUCAAAUUAGUAGUGAAGUUAUUAACGUUCCAAUAUUACCAACAAUUGAGGUUAUUUCUCAACAAUGUAAUGACGUAAUGAACCAAGGAAAUUUAUCAUUAAUUCCAACACUUAGGUCGUAUUUAUCAAACGAAUCAUUACAACAAUCAUUAAUAAUUAAAUCUGGGAUUAUUCCGUAUUUAGUUAGAACAUUACCAAAUAUGGAAACAGUGUCGUUACUUAAUACUCUUUUUCUAUUGAAUGAUUUUUGUUCACUUAGUGAAGAAUGUUCAAAGCAUCUUCUUGAUAGUGGGUUUAAUUCUCACGUUCAUUUAUUAUUACAAAGCGAUAAUAUUUCAAUAGUUAUUUCAACAAUUUAUAUUCUUUCAAAUAUUAGUGCAUUUGAUGAAUUAAAAUUAAUUAUUUCACAACUUAGUAUUAUUAAUAUUUAUUCAACACUCUUUCAAAAAUAUAAAUCCGAUAAAUCAUUACAACAUGCAAUGUCAUGGCUCUUUCUUAAUAUGUGUAGAGGAAGUAUAAUAAAUUAUAAUGAAGUUAGUCAAUACAUACAAUAUUUCUUAGUUCAAGUAAAUGACAUUUAUGAUAUUGACUCUGUUUCAGAUGCAUUAUGGGCAUUUUAUUAUGUAAGUAGUAAACCAAAAUUUAGUGAUUUAAUUGAUAAUGAUAUUGUCUAUGAAAAAGUUAUUCAAUACUUACCAAAUGAUAAUAUAAAAUUAUCAAUUCCUUCAAUAAAAAUUGCAAAUAAUAUGAUUGUUAAAAAUGAGUUUAUUGUAGAAAAAAUGAUAUCAUAUGGAAUAUUAGAUAUAUUAAAAGAAUUAACUAAAAAAAAUCAAAACGACGAAAUUGCAGACAUUUAUCAAAUUCUUUCAAAUAUUGCUGCAUGUGAAAAUAUUGAAAUAAUUAAACAAUUUGAAAGUAGUGGAUUUAUUGAAAUACUUAUACAAUCUUAUGAAGAUGAGAAAAGAAGUUGUGUCAAGGAAAAUAUUGAAUGGACGUUAGCAAAUUAUAUAUAUGGUUGUUCAAAUGAAUUAUUAUCUUUAACUCUACAAAAAAGUAUUGGAAUACUUCCAAUACUUAUUCAAAUAUUACAAAACCAUAUGACUGAAAUAAAAAAACAACAAUUAAUUUCUAUUACUUUAAAAGGAAUAUUAAAUAUUUUAAAAUUUGCAGAUGAAGUUAAUUUAGAUUUAACAUCAAUCUUAGAACAAUUCUAUUUUGAAAAUAUUUGUGAAGAUCUUUCAUUAAGCUCUAAGAAUUCAACUGUCAGAAAAAGAGCUCAAUUUAUUUUGGAUAAUUAUUUUGCGUUUGAAGACGAUGAACUUUAA